UGAGUGAGUGCUUCAAGUGCACCAUAGCCAUAUCCCACCUGUCCCGCUGCAGCUACACCAGGUUGUCUUGGAAAUAGACUAAAACAUCAAGUAAUUUCAGAGACCUCUCCUGUCAAGCGGAUACGAAACGGUACUAUCAGUUACUCUGUCACUCCCAUCAUGGAAGCUCUGCAGAAGUCUAUGCAAAAAAACACUCCCAAAGCAAGUUCUCAUGCGAUGUGGUGGGGUACACUGGGCACUGUGCGACCCUUCCCCAACUUCAACUCAGAGAAGGACGCCCGCGACAUUCAAACUGCCCUGGAGAGCAAAGACAGUGAUGUGAACACUUUGGUGAGAAUCCUGACCAAUCGAAACAAUGUUCAGAGACAGAGCAUCGCAGAGUCCUACCGUAACCUCACACAGAAGGAGUUAUGUCCUGCCCUGAAGAAAGCUCUGUCAGGGGGGCUGGAGCAACUCAUGCUGGGGCUGAUGAUGACCCCCUCUCAGUUUGACGCCCAUCGCCUCAGACAGACCAUAGAGGGUAUUGGUACAGAUGAAGAGAGUCUAUUGGCUGUGUUGUGUACCAAAUCACCACAGCAGCUUAAAGAUGCCACUAUUGCCUACAAACAGGAGUUUGGACGUUACUUGGAGAAUGAUCUUAUCAGUGAGACUAGUAAAGACUUCACUAAGCUGGUACUGGCCAUACUCAAGAAGGAGGAGCUGAAUUCAAAGGAGAUGGUUGAUUAUCAGCUCAUUGACCAGGAUGUUAAGGCUCUGAAUGAUGCUGUGAAUGGUAAGAAAAAGGACCCAGCUCCCUGGAUUCAGGUGUUAACCACGAGAGACUCAAACCAUCUCAACAGAGUGCUAUCCAGGUUGGAGGAUCUGAGAGGGGAGACUGUGGAUAAAACAGUACAGAGUCACUUCUCUGGGGACCUGAGGCUUGGCUUCCGCACUCUGGUUGGCUCCAUCCCAAGUAUUCCUUUGUUCCUGGCCCAGCGUCUACACAGCAACAUUAAGAAAGGCAGUUUAGUGCAGGGGAUUCUUAUCAGCCACAGUGAAGAGGACCUCCUCUGUGUGAGAAUCGAGUAUCGCAGACUGACCAACACUUCACUCUACUCUACAUUGCAGAAAGAAUACAAAGGAGAGAUGCAGCAGGCUCUCCUAGCCUUGUGUCGAUCUGAAGACCUGUAAAGGAAGAAUACCUUUUAACCUACACACAGUACAUAUUAUUUCCGUUGUUGUAACCUAAGAACUGGUAUUAUGUCGCUCCAUUAAACAAUUUACACGUCUUUGAUAUUUCAGCAUAUUUUGCCAUAAUUCUACCAUGUCUAUAUCACCCAUAGUGCUAACCAUUACGAUUGGGUAAUUUGCCUUAUAGCAACCGAAUUUCAAACUUCUCACACCUUUGUUUCUACUUCUAUGAAUAUCAUCCAGUGUGUGUGAGAGUUGGUGGGGAACAGGGUCCAGGCGCUUCAAAUUCUAAGUGUCUCUCUCCCUCUGUUCGUCCUAAUCCCAGGUCAAUGUCAGCCAGGAAGUAUUAAUAUCCCUCAAGCAUCUCAUAGCUAGCAUCUCAGACUCCCCUCAUCCCCUCCCCACCAUUGCCCACCCUCCCACCAUGACCAAGGGUUGGCUGUGCCUAUGGAUUGUCAAUCAGUAAAAAUAGAAGCACUUUCAUCCUAUGGCAGUGUUUCCCCUACCAUUAUAUAGACAAGGCACCCCGCCCCCUAAUGAUGUUGUUGCCACUCCGACGCUCCACAAGAGUUGGUACCUGAUUCAAUCGGUGUUAAUCAAAUGUGAUGUUGGCAGCCUUGGAUGUUUGUGUGAGUCGAGACAAAGAGUUUGGAUCCUAUGAUGAGACGCAUCAAAAACCACAUGUAACUGUUCCUUUAUAAUGCAACUUUGAACUUGUACAAAGUUCAAAACGAUAAAUAAUAAAAGUUAGUUUUAAACAUAAAAGGUUUGACUGCUGACUGGAUCAUGAAAAUAAACACGGGUUUGUUUCAC